AGGAGCUAUCAUGUUGGUGAGACAUUGGACUAAAUUCACUGUAAUGUUGUACAGUACCUACGUUGAUUACUCUGAUGAAAAAGGUAUGGACUUUUGGCAAGUAGGAUGGGAAAAGGCCAAAUAAUCUGUAAACGUAGUGAGUGUGCUUUAUUAGGUAAAUAUGCGACACUUUUUGUGUUCUUUGGUGAGCAGGGACCUCCACUGCUCAAGAGUGUGGAGACAGAGAGAGAUCCCCAUAUUUUAGUGAGAGAAUCUUGAGGCUGGAAGUUGCUUCAGUUAUGAUUGAUUUUAGUGCUCGAUCUCUGGGUAUCUGAUGCCCAUCUCUCCUCCUCCUAAGCUAAGUGCGCGUGUUAAGAGAGAGUUGGAACAAAAGUUUUAUGUGCUUGUCAGUUCAUGGUGCACUGCUAGCCACUUGUUGUCUUCGCCAUAUAAGCACAUUGGCCUCCUGAACUUCAGUUAAGUGAAAUUUAUUGAAGGCAAAUGGUACAAUAAUCUGAAGUGCAACUUGCUUGUUUGAAUCCAUAGAUUCUUUUAAUUCAAUGGGAAAGGAAAAUGUGUCACAUACAAUGAAGGAUGGAGUCAGCAAUGAGGAUUGCUCUUCUAUCGAGAGUGAAGAAUUGGAGUCUCACCCACGUCAUAGUUUUGAUAAGGAGGCAGGCCUGCCAAGUUGUCGUGUGUGCCAAUGUACUGAAUCUGACAAAAUGGGGGAUGCUGUUUUAGGAUUUUUGGGCAUCUCUCUUCCAUCACAAGAUGCUAGUAAAAGCUAUGGGGAGGUUCAGCCUGAUAGAAUGGAAGUAAUCAAAGAUAUUGAAAAUAAAUUUUCUCUAAAAAAGAAUGGUGGAAGAGAACGUGGGCUUGUGGAGUUUAUUGGCCCGGAUGGGGAGGUUUUCAUUUGUAAUACAGAUUUGGAGAUGGGUUCAUGUCACCACCAAGACACAUUGGUAGAGCUUGGCUGUUCUUGCAAAAAUGACCUUGCUUUAGUACACUAUGCGUGUGCUUUAAAAUGGUUUGUUAACCAUGGAUCUACCGUUUGUGAAAUCUGUGGAUGUGUUGCAAAAAAUAUUAGAACUGCAGACUUCAAAAAGGUUGUGGGUUCUUUAAAGGAAUUUGAAGCAUUGAGAGAAAGGACUGCUAGUGGAGAACCCAGUCCUGCACCAUUGCGUACAAAUCAAGGUGUAGAUCCCGAUGCUGUUGCUGCCAUCCGAAGGCAACGGCUUAGUGAGAUUUCGUUGUGGUUUAUUCCACAUAAUAAUGGUAACUAUAAUAAUUCUGCUGCAGUUUCACAGGUUGUUUCUGAACAACCUUUUAAUACUGUCUCAGAAUAUGUUGUCCCUGAUGAAAAUCCUGCAACCAAGUGGGCCGUGGAAGGUACUGGGAUUCUGCUUGCUACAGGACUUCUUACUGUUACUCUUGCAUGGCUCAUUGCACCUCGUGUUGGGAAGAUUCCACUUGUGCAGAAAACUGCCAGGAGCGGCCUUCAUAUUCUCCUGGGAGGCAUUUGUGCUCUAACAAUUGUGGUUUUCUUUCGCUUUUUUGUGCUUACCAGAAUCAAGUAUGGACCUGCACGCUACUGGGCAAUAUUGUUCGUCUUUUGGUUUCUUGUCUUUGGUAUAUGGGCUUCGCGGACUCAUGGCACUCAUUCAGCAUGAUUAUGUCAGCAUAAUGUUUAUCCACGUCAAUCACUUUUUUUAGCCAUUGUAGAACUGCAUUUUAUUUCAUAGAUGUCUCCAGUGCACGAACAAAAAAUGAGUUAUUGGUAGACUAUUUAAAAUGUGUUAGAAUGUAUAAGCCCAUUAUUGUAAAGUAGCUCUUUUGUGGGCAAUGUUGUUCAGGUGCAACAUUUGUGUGUUUGUCAACAGCAGGUCUCUGGCUUUACCCUUGCAUGGUAAAUAUUGAGUUUUUAGAGUU